AUGACCUCAGAUGAUAUAUGUUGCGCACUUCUCCCUGUGUGUCUAGCGUCGGCACUGCAGCAACCGACGGAGAAUUCGCAUACAGAAGACAAAGUGGCGAAUUCAACCGAUUCGCACUGGGAUCUAACACUGGACGAAGGUAGGCAUUAAUAUACUUUCUGUACACUCACCUCAACUGGGCACUUUAUCUGCGACCGCUAAAAUACCAUAGUUAAAGGGCAAACUCAAAAGUAACAAAAUCAAAUGAUUAGCCAACGAGGUCACAUCCGGAGAAUAUUACUAUUGGCAUAUUUUCGGAGCAGGUUGACUUGAGUACAUUUUUGAAUCCAGGAGGUACACAGCCAUUUGCAGUUUUGUGCUAUAAAAAGAGUACUUGCAUGUUUUAAGUAACGUUGUUUUCAAAGAUAAAAGUUCUGGGGUCACUCGCAUAGUCAGGCUGUCGAGGGAAAACUGGGGACAUAAAUAAUCAUCCGACCGUUUCAUGCAGAGUCGGAGGGAUUCCGCCUCCACGACUGAUCGUGGGAGAUCAUUCCACUUCUCAACCACUGUUUGUGUAAAACAUUCAGAGCGGAGGUUCAUCCUGGAGAUUUUUAUGCACAGCCUCAUCGAGUGGCCACAAAGAUUGGGCGAGUGGCGCCACCGAAACAUGCCCUCAAAGUUCAGCCAUACUCAAGGCCACGUAUUAUCUGAUAAACCAGAAUAUGAUCCCCGGUUUGCUGCCCGUAACACAGAGGGAAUAAAUUAAGGCACUUCAUUGUUUCCGUAUAAGAUUCUCUUUGCCAACUUUGCUGCAAAGCGUCGUACUUUUUGAGGCAUUUUUGGUCAUUCGCUAACCAUGAACUACCAUUAACAUAAUGCCUGGAAAUUGAGUCGCUGGUAAGUCACUUUGACAGCCCAGAGGUUGGAUGCAGAAUCAACAGUCAGACAGCAAACAAUGGCAUAAAGACCUGCUACAAGUGACAGAAUAUUCAUCGGUGCCCUGCAGCAUACCAUGUCAAAACUGUGAUGCAAGGUGUUUUGGUGAAACAGGAAAACGCAUCGGCACAGGACUGCACGAACAUCGGCUCACAGUCAACCGUAAGGACAUACCAUAUAUGGUUUAUGGCUCUGUACGACAGAAAAAACCACAAUUUCGACUUAAGGUAAGAAAGUAUAAUCGGCCAAUGUCCGAGCUCGUUGAAAUACACAUAGGGGCAGCACCAACUACAGGGGGCGCACAAACUGACGACUUCAAUGCGCCACCAGGCUUUUCACUUGAAGGAUAGGGUUAUGCAUUUAGACUAAUAAGUCAUCUAUGAUAUCCUAUGUGUCACCCGGACUAGAAUGACCAUUUCUGGCUUAUCAGCCGUCAUCAAACAAUCAUUCCUUACCCCAAGUGGGUAUCACUUGCGAUUGGAACGCGGCAUCUACCAUUGGGUCACGGGCCGCUGUUCGGUCGGUUGUGAUCGGGAAUAUCAAUCAUAACAGACAGUUUCUACAAGACAAUGUUUCCCCGGAUGACAUUGAAGCAAGUAUAGACAGCAAAAUUUAUUGGCAUCGUCGCGAACUUUAUUAAUUCUUUGGAAUUCUGCUGUCUAGGCUUGAGUUAAAGACUCUGUCUACGUCAUGCGCGGCUGUGCGGUUGCUGGUGAAGCUCUUAAGGGAGUCCGUAAGGCGCAACGAAAGAAAUGCGUUCCGUAAGAACGAUCGGUGAGCGCCACUUCACCAAUGCACAUUCUUAUCGAAGCCGACAGGGCAAAGAGCCCGUAGCUCAGUGAUAAGAAGCGUUGGAGAUCUAACUGACAGGUCGCAGGUUCGAACCCCAGCUGUUUCACACUUCGGCGUUGGGUAUGACUGGCUGACGACUGCUACUAAGCCAGAACUGGCCAUCCCAGUCUUCCUUGUCGUUGUCGGUAAUGAUACUCUGCAUACAUAUAUUUAAGGCUUUUGAUUUGGAUUUACGCCUCGUCCUCUCAAAAGAGAAGUAUUGGUACUUCCUGACGACACAUAAAUUAUACUAAUAAAUGUUAAUGUUAUAUCCACUGUCAGUGGGAGGACGGUGUUUAUUGAGGUUGCUGGAACGCCUUCCAAUUUUCUUUGCAGAAGACCUAGUUCCAAGGGAUUUUACGGCAACUACUGUGAGCUUUCACUCUAUCAUUGUGUCAUGGGAGGCGCCCCGUCAUUCGAACGAGCUCAAUGGUCUAUACGAACUUACGGUGUACAACGAAACGCAUGAGGAGAAUUCCUACCUGUGGGCUACCAAGGACACAUUUGCUGACCUAGAACCCUCCACCACUUACAACUUCACAGUACAGGCAUUUUGGAAAAAUGACACACCGGUCGGUGUUGUCGCUGUAACUUCUGCGAGAACAAUGCCCAGUGGUAAUCCACAACCCAAAUGCAUCCACAUUACGUGUAUUCGACCUUAUGCUUUUAUUCGUGCUGCAGCUCCGUUUAAGUUGCUCUCGUGA